AUGUUUUAACCUAAUCAAAGUUAAAUAAAGUACAGCAAUUAAUUUGGUGCCACAUCUGCAGUUUAUUUUUCAUAACAACAAACAUCAAGAGACAAAGUAUAAAAUUGCGAACAUCAUCUAGCCAAUAUAAACAAGAGAUGGUUCAGAAAAUAAAUAAUUGCUUUAAUUUCCAGCUUCUCAAAUAGUUUAUGGUCCAUCUAUGAAAUUCAAUUCACCAGUUUAAAGCAACAUAGCCUUUCGAAAAACAUCAAAAGAGUUGAACAUUACAAUAGAAGAUCCUUCAGGAAUUUAAUAAAUAAGAUAACCAUCUCCAAAUAUUAAGAAGUAAAGAGAACAAAUGGAAAAGGAUUGGAAUAAAUUAAUUGAUAAAUCGAAGACCCUUUAAGAAAAUUUAGUAAUGCUAAAAAACAAUAUCAGUAUUAAUCUUAACAAAAAGUAAUCAGAUCAACGCUUAAUUAAAGAAUCACCAUCAACAGCAGCUGGUUUAUCAUCUAGAAUGAAACUAUAGAAAGUAAAUGUUACUUGUAAAUUAAAUUCACCAUUCAAAGCUUAACCUAACAUUGAAGUAUGUAAAAAUUUAAGUCACAAUGCAUUAGCAAAUCUUAAAUUUACCACAAAUGCUAAAAAAAAUCCAAUAAUAAUAAAUAAUUCAAGUGCUAUAAAUUAUGUUAAUAUGACCAAUAAUUAUGCUAAAAACUUAUUAGAUGAUCAUUAAUAAUAAAAAGUAUCUAACAAAAGUCUUAUAUAAAAAUAAACUAAUCCACUUUAUAUAUAAAUAGAAAAUAAAUUGAAAUUGAAAAUUAGUUCUUUUUUAGGAAGAGGUAAAUUUAGUGAUGUUCAUAUGGCUAUUGAUAAUAGAACUGGUUUGAUUUUUGCAUUAAAAAUAAUAAAAAAAUAAACUGUUAUUGAACAUGAAAUGUAAGAAUAAUUAGCUAGAGAAAUAGUAAUAUAAUCAAAAUUAUCACAUCCAAAUAUAGUAAAAAUGUUUGGUUAAAGUUAUGAUUAAUAAUAUAUUUAUAUGAUGUUAGAAUUUUGUAAUAAUGGAGAAUUAUUUUAACAUCAAUAUAAAUAAUAAAAUAAAAGAUUUAGUGAAAAAGAAGCCAGUCAUUUUAUAAUGUAAAUACUCUCAGCUAUUCAAUAUAUGCAUAAAUAGGGAUUCAUGCAUAGAGACUUAAAAACAGAAAACAUUUUAUUAUCUCUUGUAUUUAUUUAAGAAUAUGAUUUUAGAAUUACAUUAAAUUAUGUGAUUUAGGUUGUGUAAGAGAAAUACCGAAAUUUGAAGAUAGAAGAAACACUUUUUGUGGAACAGUUGAUUAUAUAGCACCAGAAGUAAUUAAAGAUGAAGGAUAUGAUGAAAGAUGUGAUGCCUGGUAAAUUGCUAUUUUAGCUUAUGAACUUGUUGCUGGAGAUACUCCAUUUUCAGAAUUUCCUAGAGAUGAUGAAAUAAUCAUGGCUAAUAUUUUAAAAGUAUUUAUUUCUAUUCAUUCUAGAAUAAAUUUAAUCUCCCUAAUUUCUUUUCUCCUGCUUUGAAAGAUUUUGUUAAUAGAGGAUUACAAUAAAGUCCUGAUCACAGAAUAUCUAUUGAUUAAAUGUUGUUGCAUAGAUGGAUUGCUGACAAUAAUAAAGUUAAUCAUAUAGAAUAUACAUUUUGA